CUUGAUGACGAUGAUGAUGGGGCAGCUCUAGUUGAUGUCCUCGAAUGCACAAGGGAGCCCACUCCAUAUGAUCACCCGACCAAUAGCAACAUAAAGUUCUGGGAUUUACCUGGAAUAGGGACUCCAGACUACCCUGACCUAGAUACAUACUGCAACAAAGUACAGCUGGAGAAGUACCACACGUACCUAAUUUUCACAACCACUCGAUUCAAAGCGAACGAGUUGAAAUUGGCAAAAAAAGUGAGAUCGAUUGGAAAGAAAUUUUUCUUUAUUCGCACAAAAAUUGAUGAAAGCAAAAAUUCGACGAGGAAGCAAUGCUAGCAAGAAUCCGAGAAAACGAUUUUGUGUCUCUCGGUAACCUGCUGACUGACGAUCAAGAUAUAUUUUUGAUCAGCAACCAUGACCCCGACAAGUGAGACUUUGUUAGACUGACCCAGGCUAUUCUAGAUGCAUUGACGAGAUACCAGCGAGAAAGCAUGACCUUUGCCCUUGGGAAAGUCAUAACAAGGUCGUCAGAAGAUAUUUUUCAGAGAAAAGUCAAUGUUCUUAGACAACGCAUAUGGAAGGUUGCUACAGCAUCUGGUGCCGUUGCUGCCAUUCCAGUACCGGGACUGUCCUUUGCUGUUGACGCUGCCCUAAUACUGAGGGAACUCAGCUUGUACAGAAGUCAGCUUGGCCUUCCUGAAAUCGGAUCUGCUGAGUUUGUCCAGCUACACUUCGCCACCAAAGAAAAAGUACUCAGUGUCACCCUUACCACUGCUGCACAACUGAGCCCAUAUUUUGCAUCUUAUGCUGCUUCUACAGCCAUCGAGGAAUUCGCUCGUUAUAUUCCCUUUAUUGGUGUGGCCAUAGCCAGCGGUAUCUCGUUCAGUGCUACAUAUUAUGCCCUGAGUAAACUCUUAACAAAUGUUGAAGAAGUUGCGAAGUUAUUUCUAAAGGAGGCUGCAAAUGUGGUUGAUUGA